UUUUCUCAAUUCAGUGUCACUUGAGUUUGUGAGGAGUUUGAGAAGUACAAAUAAGCAAUGAGAAACUGUACAUCAUUACCCACAUUCAUACUUCUGGGACUGACAGAUGAUCCUCAUAUGCAGAUUCUGAUUUUUAUAUUUCUGUUUGUCUCCUACACAUUGAGUAUAACUGGGAACCUGACCAUCAUUAUACUCACUUUAGUAGAUUCUCACCUUAAAACUGCCAUGUACUUUUUCCUCAAAAACUUCUCCUUUUUAGAAACCUUAUUCACCACCGUCUGCAUUCCCAGAUUCUUAUACAGCUUAUCAACUGGGGACAAGACUAUUUCCUAUAAUACUUGUGUUGCCCAACUAUUUUUUGUCUUCCUUUUUGGAACAGCAGGAUUUUUCCUCCUGGCCAUCAUGUCCUAUGACCGCUAUGUGGCCAUCUGCAAACCUUUACAUUAUGUAACUAUCAUGAACAGCAGAGUCUGUGGAUGGCUUGUUACCUGCUGCUGGAUAGCAGGGUUUGGGGUCAUAUUUCCACCAGUUUGCCUGGGCUUAAACCUGGAAUUCUGUGACUAUAAUAUUAUUGACCAUUUUCUCUGUGAUGCUUCUCCUAUGCUAAAGCUCACUAGUUCAGACACAUGGUUCAUAGAACAGAUGGUUGUUGCCCUUGCUGUGUUGACCGAUGUCAUGACNUUUCUGUGUGUAGUUAUGUCCUAUAUAUACAUCAUCAAGACCAUCAUAAAGUUCCCUUCUGCCCAGCAAAGGAGGAAGGCCUUUUCUACCUGCUCUUCUCACAUGAUUGUGGUUUCUAUCACCUAUGGCAGUUAUAUCUUCAUCUAUAUCAAACCUUCAGCAAAGGAUGAAGUAGUAAUUAACAAGUGGGUGUUUCUGCUUACUACUUCCGUUGCCCCCAUGUUAUACCCAUUUAUUUAUACUCUAAGGAACAAGCAAGUGAAACAAGCUUUUACAGAUUUAAUCAAAAGAAUUUCACUGAUCUCAGAGAAGUAA